AUGUCUGACGAGGAACAUCAAUUUGAGUCGAAGGCCGACGCCGGCGCUUCCAAGACUUUUCCCCAGCAGGCUGGAACCAUACGUAAGAACGGUUACAUUGUUAUAAAAGGCCGUCCUUGCAAGGUUGUAGAAGUUUCAACUUCCAAGACUGGGAAGCAUGGUCAUGCUAAGUGUCACUUUGUUGCAAUUGACAUCUUUAAUGGAAAGAAGCUUGAAGAUAUUGUGCCGUCUUCACACAAUUGUGAUGUCCCUCAUGUUAACCGUGUUGAUUACCAGCUCAUUGACAUAUCUGAAGAUGGAUUUGUGAGCUUGCUGACUGAUAAUGGUAACACUAAGGAUGACCUGAGGCUUCCAACCGAUGAAAGUCUGCUUACUCAGAUCAAGGAUGGAUUUGCUGAUGGGAAGGACCUCGUUGUUAGUGUCAUGUCUGCCAUGGGAGAGGAGCAGAUCUGUGCCCUCAAGGAUAUUGGUCCUAAGUAG